GACUUAAACAAUGAUGUUCAUUUAAGGUGAACCGUCCUUUAACUGCAUAUUGGCCACUUAUAAACUAACACAGUCAUUAUCAUCAACUGUCAAUCACCACACAGUUAUUUAGAGAACAAGGCACUAAAGGCCAAAAGCUAGCCUUAUUAAAUCUGAAAAACAUGCACACAUCUAUCUCUAAGACAAAUUGCUUAAACUACCACCAAGCACUGCAAGGUAAUGCCAAGACUGCACUUUUAUUUUGCUGUGUGACAGCCCGGGAAUGUCGGAUGGCAGUGGGUGCAGGUCUAGUGGACGGGGAGAGGGGAGUGGAGAGUGGAGGGGGGGCAGGAAACUAGGAAAGAAUGCCAGGAAUGCCCAUGUUUAUCCAGCGUUCCAUUGAGGUGGAGGCAGUCCACCGCAGCGUGGCGUGUAUAAAGGAAGCUCAGCUGCUGCUGGAGAAUCAGAACACUCCAAGUCCUCCAGAGAGAAGCAACAGUCGCUUGACACUGCUCAGCCAAAACUUCAUACCGAAGCUAAACUCUAGCUUUCACUCGACACGAUCAGGAGGAACUGGAUUCAAAGACAACACAACGAGAUCAACUUGAUCAAAUCUGAAGAGAAGACUGCGUUACAGCUGCAAGACGUUAUAGGAUCCAAAAAAAAAGAUUUUUCUUUUUUAAAAGAGAUUGGAAAGAAGAGGUCAUCAUGUUUUCUGGAAUGAAUCUAAGAGUGCUUGCUCUGCUGUGCCUGACUUUCUGUGGAUGGGCUACGGCUCAGGAGUGCAGUGGACAAUGCCAAUGCCCUGAUGUACCACCCCAGUGUUCGCCCGGUGUGAGCCUGGUGCCGGACACCUGUGGGUGCUGCCGGGUGUGUGCCAAGCAACUGGGCGAACUUUGCACAGAGCGAGACAUUUGCGACCCCCACAAAGGCCUUUACUGUGACUAUGGUUCCCCAAGCAACCGUCGUAUUGGGGUCUGCACAGCAAGAGAAGGUGCCACUUGCGUGUUUGGUGGGAUGGUGUACCGCAGCGGAGAGUCCUUCCAGAGCAGUUGUAAAUACCAGUGCACGUGUCUAGACGGCGCCGUAGGUUGCGUGCCCCUCUGUGGAAUGGACAUCAGGCUCCCCAGCCCUGACUGCCCGAUGCCCCGCAGGGUGAAGGUCCCAGGGAAGUGCUGUGAGGAGUGGGUGUGCGACACCCCUCACCAGAAUACCUUUGUGGGAUCAGCUUUGGCAGCUUACAGAGAGGAGGAGACAUACGGGCCCGAUCCCUCCAUGAUGAGAGAGAACUGCCUGGUUCAGACCACAGAAUGGAGCGCAUGCUCAAAGACCUGCGGCUUGGGAAUCUCUACCCGUGUCACCAAUGACAACCGCGAGUGCCGUCUUGAGAAGCAGUCCCGCCUCUGUAUGGUCCGCCCUUGCGAGUCACACCUGGAGGAGAAAAUCAGGAAAGGGAAGAAGUGUAUCCGCACACCACGUGUCUCCAAACCCAUGAAGUUUGAGAUUUCUGGCUGCACCACUACCAAGUCUUUCCGGCCCAAGUUCUGCGGCGUUUGCACGGAUGGUCGCUGCUGCACACCUCACAGAACCGCCACCUUGCCCAUGGAGUUCAAGUGCCCAGACGGCCAAGUCAUGAAGAAGCACAUGAUGUUCAUCAAGACCUGCGCAUGCCACUACAACUGCCCCGGGGAGAACGACAUCUUUGAGUCCAUGUAUUACAAGAAGAUGGUCGGUGACAUGGCGUAAAGAGACAGUGACAGCAAUGCCAAGGAGUUCCAUGCAGUGACUGUCCACUUGAAUCGAACAGAUAUCCAUCUCAUAUCUCAGCACAAAGUACUUGUUUGUCUUUUUAUGGUUUGUUGCUUUCAUUUGACAUUUUUUUGCGUGUAUGUGUCUGUAUCUUGUACGUGGACUCUGGAUUUAUAUGCUGUAUGUGUAUUCAUUUGUCAUGGUGGAUGUCAA